AGAGAUGAGCAGCAUCAGCACAAUGGAAGAAGGGGAUUCAAUUCCUGUGGUCCUACCUGGGUUCAGAUUCUACCCCACUGAAGAGGUGCUGGUGAGCUACUACUUGAAGAAGAAGAUAGAGGGCAAGGACUCUAACUUCAGCCACAUCAUCCCUGAAAUCGAUGUCUGCAAGCACGAGCCUUGUGAAGUUCCUGCGUUCUUUGAAGAGGCAGACUUUCCAGAUCAUGAGAUGGAAUGGUUCUUCUUCAGCCAACCUGAUUAUAAGUACACCAACAGCACUCGCUGCAACAGGGCCACAGAUCAGGGCUUUUAUAAAAUCACAGGCAAGGUUCGUGAGAUCAAGGCUCGACGAUCCAAAGCUGUGAUUGGUAAGAAGAGGACCUUGACUUUCUACGAAGGCCGUGUGCCCAAAGCAAAGAAGACCAACUGGAUCAUGCAUGAGUAUUAUCUCACCAACACUGAACUGGCCCAACUUGGUCCUAAUACCAAUCAGAGGAAGGACUUUGUUCUCUGCCGCUUGAAGAAUAAGUCAGCUAAUUAUAUGAAGCUGAAGGAUGAUUCAAUCUGCGAUGAAUUAGCUGAUACUGGUUCUGGUGGCGGCAUUGCCUCUAAUUCUGAAGAUGAUCAAGCUGCAGGAGCCGAUAUGAUUUCAGAGCCAUUAGAACAUCUGGCCUCCCAAGAGGUAGGAGAUGUUCUGAAUGGUAAUGGUUCUGGUCUGAUAGAAAAUAAUGAUAUUUCAAUCUGUGAUGAUGAUCAAAUUGAUGCCUGGAUUUUCUCUGAUUUCGAUAGUCAAGCUGCAUAUGAUUUGCUUCAAGAGCAGUAUUGUGCUGAGCCAGGAGAAAAUCUGGAUUCACCCCUUCCUCCACCACAGCCACCUCAGCCACCUCUGCCACAGGAUUACUGCUCCUCCACACAGCAGUCACCAUUAUACACAAAUCAGGGAAAUGUUCCUUAUGUCUAUGAUGGUGACUGCAAUAGGCAGCAAUCUCCGAUUGGGGAUAGGAAUUCUUAUCUUACACAUAAGAAUAAUAUGUCAAUGAAUAAUCAAAUUGAACCAGUAAGCAACAUUACUUAUGGUGUUCAAAAUCGAGCUACAGGUGAAAGUAAUUCGGAGGUUUGUAAUAAUUCAACCAAUGAUUUCAAGGAACCAGUUAGCAGCAUCACUUAUAAUUGUAACAAUGGAGCUCCAGAUGAAAGGAUUUUAGAGGCUGUUAAAUUUCAGGGCGACGGGCCAAGAGAAAAUCUGGGAUCACCCUCUGAUCCAUUUCAGCUACAGGAUUUCACACUGCUGUCACCAAUGAACUCAGAACUGGGAGAUUUUGAGCAUGGCAAUAAACUAUAUUGGCAUGCAAUGAGUUGAAAUCUCUGAUCUGGAGGUUAUGACUCUUUUCCCUCAAAGUUCUUAUAUACAGUAAUUGUUGACAAGGAAUAUUAUUAUCCUGUGAAGAAACAACCAACACUACUUUCAAUGACUCUAAUCUAUCAGAGUCAAAAGGAAGAUUCUAUAGUAGCGGUAGUGGAGUAAGAAGUGGAAGAAAAAAACAGUGAAUUUUACUAUGGAUGGGAAGUAGUUUUAAUCUGCAUUAGCUAUACGAGAGACAGUGCAACAUAGCUAGUGAAUCACAAUAUUUUACUUUUAGGAGAACAUCAAUAGGGGCCUUGUAUACCCCAAGAGGUUACAUCAUCCUUGUCUACAUUUCUGGAACUGGAGGCUUUGGAAACUUCUUCAUAGUUAUGGACAUCUAUGUCCAGGACAAACGAAUCAGGUUAACUAAGUCUGUUCUUGGUCUUUUGGGCCAUUGCUGUGUGUCACAGCAUUCCCAACUUUUGGAAACUUGAAGCUUGUUAGGUGAACUUGUUGGUCACCGGAAAGUGGCAACUUUUGAAAUGCCAUCUGGAACUCUAUUCUCCUACGGCAAGUCCAGGCAAAAUAAUUUGGAGACCAUGUCUCUCCUGUCAACAGAACUACAAAUGUUACUCAAAUCAAUUGUCUUCAAAUAAUGUACUCUCUUAAUCAAAGGUCACACCAUGCCUCAAUAUAAACCAACUUCCGUUCAUGUUCACUCAUGGGAGGUGCUCUGAGAAGAAUCCGACUGCAAAGCUGUAUCACAAGACAAGGU